CACGACGAAAUAAAGCGGCUGUUCAUCUUCUUCGAUUCUGGUCUUUUUUCAUAGGAGGCGGGCGAUUUUGACUGCUUCUAAUUCUCGCCGGCGACAAUACCUUACUGUUUCUGAUUUCAUCAUCCUUUUUCCUCUCACGUUGUUUCAGAUAUCAAAACAUUUUCUUGAGCUAUGAGCACAGCGACCCGGCCUUCAUCUUCAACAACAACAACCUCUGUCAUCUUAGAAACCCCUAUUUCUCAACCGCAGCUGACAGAAAGAUUAGUCCUUCGUUUGACCCGGAAGAAGAAGAAAGUUUCAUGGAAGGACGGGACCGUGGACAACGAGUUUAUGCAGAGGAAGAGUUCAAAGAAAUGUUGUAUCUUUCACAAACAGAAGCCCUUUGAUGAGGAUGACAGUGAAGAAGAAGAAGAAGAAGAAGACAACAACAACCACCACCAUCACCAUGAUCAUGAACAUAACCAUGAACACUCCGAAUCUGGCAGUAAGGCCUCGUCGUCUUCAAAUGAUAUUAAAGCUGAUGACUGAUCGAUCGGGUUCUCUUAUCACUAUUAUAGAGCUAUUCAAGCCUUUUUAAUGGAUCAGUGAAGAUAACAAUUUUGAUAUUUUGGUUUCAUUUUCUACUCUUCCCGUUACAUAACCCUGGUUUGGCUUUUUAUAUGUAAAUACAGUGUGCAGAUUCCGUUGCAAUUGAUCAAUGUUGACUAA